AUGUCCUCGAAACACUCAAAGAAAAGGAAGAAAGACCGGGAGGAAUGCGAAUCUUAUUUUGAAAGGGAAUCUGAAAGUGGGAAGACAAAGGAAAUUGACAAGUCCAUGGCAUUGCCACAUGCUGAGAAAGAUUUCCGGCAAGCCUGGGUUGGGGCUAUUCAGCGUAAUGGAACUACAAAGCUGCCCAAGAAAGCAUGGAUGGACACUCAUUGCAUGAAAUUGAACAGCAAACAGAACACUGUUGCUUUGUAUACAAAACACUAUACAAAAGGCUGCCCGAUCAGAAGUGUCAUGAUGCAUGGAACCAACAUGCCUCGCAAACAAAGGAAAAAGGAUGCGGUUGACUCAAUUUGUCGAACUUCAGGCUGUAUUAUUCCUGAUCAUCAUAGGUGGCUCCUCAAAAGUGAGAAGGUUUCCAGGGAGUGUUGUGGUUCCAGCCUAAUGUGCUCUACUUGUCAUGCAGACAUCCCAUUCCCCUGCUCUCAUUAUCCCCCUUGUGAAUGGAGAGUCAUUUCAAAAAAUUGUUGCUCCAACUGCAAGCUGGAUGCAAAUCAAGCUGAAACUGAACUGGAGACUGUUGGAUCUAACAAUAAUGCACAGGAAAUGUUAUUGAUGGAUGAAGUGAACAAGAGAUCGGUGAUAGCAUCAAGUGCAUCUUUCACAACCUCAAAAGAAAAUUCCGAACGAAGAAGGGACACGGAAGGACAUGAGAGAGUUGGCGGUUGUCUCUAUAAUAGCAAUGCCAUUUCUCCUAUGGACAAAAACUUCCACAAAGCUUGGGUUCGAGUUAUCCAUGAAAAUGGAACAACAAAGCUGCCCAAAAAGCCAUGGAUGAAGACAUGUUGCAUGAAAUUGCAAAGCAAACAAGUUACCAUUCACGUCCCUGAACAUGGUGCCCAACCUCCACCUGUCGUCAUGAUGCGUGGCACAAACAUGCCCCGCCAACCAAAAAUUAGGCAUGCAAUCGACUCUAUGUGCCGCACCCCAGACUGCAUCAUUCCCAACCAUCAUCACUGGAUCAGUAUAGAGGAGAAACGGUCCAGACAGUUUUGUGGGAGCGACCUGAUGUGCCCAACAUGUUCCCUUGAGAUUCCAUUCCCAUGUGUUCAUAACCCCCCUUGUGAGUGGGAAGUUGUUGCCAAAGAAGGAUGUUUAGGCUGCAGAAACAAGUAUGAAGAGUAA